CUUUCUCUCUUCCACCACACUCAACACGCACGCAUCCCUGUGUCACUGCACACCGCUUGCCCGGUACAAACCAUCCCACCAAGCCUGUGCUCGUUGGUUGAUUCAUUCAUUUUCGACUCGGCCACUUGUCUUGCCUUGUGCCAUAGAAACACUCGUUGCUGCUCCGGAAUACAAAGCCGGCAAGACCAGGCGUCGCAGCUUGCCAUCGAACCCUAGUGCACGACAGACGGCCGACCAACGCACUGCCACCAUGAGCACCGGAGCCAAGAAGCGCAUCCUAAAGGAGUACGGCGAAUGCAUGGCUGACACCCCGCCGGGCAUGAAGAUCAAUUUUGACGAACAGAACAUGACCAAAUGGGAAGUGCUGAUGGAUGGCCCCGAGCAGUCUGCAUAUGCUGGCGGCCACUUCAAGCUGGAGAUUACAUUCCCAACCGAGUACCCGUUCAAGCCGCCCGUGGUCAGCUUCCGGACCAAGAUCUACCAUCCCAACGUCAGUAACGACGACAAGGGCUCCAUGUGUUUGGGCCUGCUACGCGCGGACGAGUGGAAGCCGCCAAACAAGGUGGUUUCUGUUCUGCGCCUGAUCCAGACGCUGCUCAUCGAGCCCAACCCAGACGAUGCGAUUGAGCCGUCGAUUGCUAACGAGUACCGGGAGAACCGUCAGGAGUUUGACAAGAACGCAAAGGACUGGGUCAAGCGCUAUGCCAAAUGAGGGCCGCGGCCACGUGGGCAGACGCAUGAGCAGGGAGAAGGGUGAUUAGGAGGCAGGUUUGGAGAGGACGGCGGUCAGCAGCUACACAUUGAUUGCAUGGUUGGCGUUUGGCGAAAUUUGCAUGCGGAUGGGUCGCUGGGUGGGCGGUGGGCAAAGAAGCAUGGCGUGUACAUGCAGAUCGCCAUGUCUCCAGCGCAUCGACGUGCAAGCAGGACGGCUGGGCAGGGUAGCGUGUGUACCAAAGCAAAGUACUAGGGCAAAUGAAAUGAAGACAACGGCGGCAUGUCGUCAUGAGCAA